AUGCGCACCUUCUCCUUCGGCCUCACAUCCGCCGCCCUCCUCUUCUCCGCCUCUUCCGUCUCGGCCAUCCCGACUCCUGCCCCCAUCGCCGAGCCCAUCGUCGUCCUUCCUGAUGGCGCCACCAAGGUCUCGCUCUUGCAUCGUCGCGGUAGCGCCGAAUUGAUGAAGGAGGACGGGACGGUCGAUCUCGGCAAGGCGCAUGCCCACCUCGCUCGCGCUCGCGCAAAGUACGUCCGCGGCCUCGAUAACUUUGCCCUUAACACCGGCGAAGCGCACUUCCUGGCCCCAUCUUUCGUCGACCCCUCGCUCAUUCCGAACGUCCCAUCCGCCAAGCGCGACGCUUGGGGAACGGGCGAGGAGUCGUCUCUCGAGUUCCCCGCUGAGGCCGAGGCAGGCCAGAACGAGCGGCGCGACAAGAUCUUUGGCCAGAACGGCGGGCGUCUUCACGGUGUUCCGCCUGCGACUGCAUCAGCGACCGAUCGACCAGUCGCGAACCGUCGGGCGCUCAAGAAGCGAUCGGUCACGAACCCGAAAUACGUCUACAACCCCAAAGCGCACCCGUCUUCAUCGUCUGCUCAGGCGGGAGCGACGGCGGCGGUCAAGAGGGGCGGAGCUAGCUUGACGAGCUACAACGGCGGGACGCUUUACGCUGGCGCUGCGACGAUUGGAACGCCCGCGAAGAGCUUCAUCCUCGACUUUGAUACCGGCUCGUCAGACUUGUGGGUCACCUCGAGCGGCUGCAACUCGGCCGCCUGCAACACGCACUCCAAGUACGACCCCUCAAGCAGCUCGAGCAGCCAACUCGUCGCAGGCAAGACGCUCAGUCUCACCUACGGCGACGGCAGCUCGACCAAGGGCACCGUCUACACCGACACGGUCAGCGUCGCCGGUCUCAGCGCAACUUCGCAGACGCUCGGCGCAGCUACCGCUCUCACGUCUGAUUUCCAGAACGAUCCGUACGACGGCUUGCUGGGCAUGGCUUUUGCCUCCAUCUCGACGCUGGGCGCCAACCCGUUCUUCCAGACCCUCGUCGCGCAGGACAAGGUCUCGGCGCUGCAGUUCUCGUUCUACCUCGCCAACUCGGGGUCGGAACUCUACCUCGGCGGACUCAACUCGGCGCUGUACCAGGCUGGAUCGACGAAGUGGUAUCCGGUCACGAGCCAGAGCUACUGGCUCCUCGCGUCGCAGGCGAAUGUUGGCGGCAAUGCGGUCAGCAGCGUCGGUACCUUCAACGCGAUUAUCGACACUGGCACCAGCGUCAUUGUUGCCCCGACUCAAGCAGCAGCCGCUUUCUGGGCUGCAGUUCCCGGCUCCGGCACCUACGGCAGCGGCUACUACACCUACCCCUGCGCGACGCCUCCCGACGUCUCCUUCUCGUUCGGCCCGUCGUUCGCCGAGCAAUGGGCUGUCUCGAGCGAGAGCCUCAACCUCGGACGGGUCAGCUCGGGCAGCGACAGGUGUGUUGGUGCGGUCGUUGGGGCCGACAUCGGCAUCAACGCGUGGAUCUUGGGCGAUGCGUUCCUCGAGAACACCUACGCUAGCUUCGACGUCUCCACCAACUCGGUCGGCUUCUCUGACCUGGCGUAG